UGGUCAAAUCAGGCUCGGCAAGUGUUUAAGGGGGGGAGGAAGUGAAGGAGCGUGAUGCUACAACCUCCUUAUAAAGCCACUCUCACGUUCUGCCUUGGAAAUUAGAGUCUUCCAAUUGAGGUCUCACUCACUCGGCAACUCGCGCACAUACUUUUGGACCGAACAGCACCAGCUCUAUCGCCGCCGCCAUGACAUGGACCGAGGUGCAGGACACGCUCCGCGGGGCCGAGACGCCUCUCUUUUGGGUCGGCGCCUUCGUGGUGGCCUCGCUGUUUCUCUGGAUCAUCUACCGGCUCGUCUCCGGCUUCAUAGUGUGGGUGCUGGGCAACGGGCAGCUCAUCUCCCCUCGGCUAGGCAAGUGGGCAGUUGUGACAGGAGCCACCGAUGGAAUCGGGAAAUCCUAUGCGGAGGAGCUUGCUCGUCGAGGGUUUGCCAUUGUGUUGAUCAGCCGUUCCCAGCACAAGUUGGAUGAUGUGGCCAGGUCACUUGAGGACCAAUUUGGAGUGGAGACAAAGAUCAUUGUCGCAGACUUCGGCAAGACCAACAUCUACCCGUCCAUUGAGGCAGGCUUGUCUGGCUUGGAGAUUGGUGUUCUAGUAAAUAAUGUUGGCGUGUCCUAUCCGUACCCUGAGUACUACCUCCAUAUACCUGAUCUGGACAAUUUUAUCACCAAUAUGAUUAAUGUUAACAUGACAUCGGUAUGCCAGAUGACCCGCCUGGUGCUGCCCAGAAUGGCUGACAGAUCCAAAGGUGUGAUCCUCAACAUCUCCUCAGCCAGUGGCAUGUAUCCACUCCCUCUGCUCACCAUCUACUCCGCCACAAAGGCUUUUGUAGAUUUCUUCUCCCGCGGCCUCCAGGAAGAGUACAGGCGUCAGGGUAUCAUCAUCCAGAGUGUACUGCCCUUCUUCGUGGCCACCAAGAUGACUCGCAUCAGAAAACCUACCCUGGAUAAACCCACACCAGAGCGCUACGUGUCCGCCGAGCUCAACACAGUGGGCCUGCAAAGUCAGACCAAUGGGUACUUCCCACACGCAGUCAUGGGCUGGGUGACCACCAAGCUGGUGCCCAUCAGCAUUGUAAUCUUCCUGGGCGCGCGCAUGAACCGCCUCCAGCGCACAGGAUACUUAAACAGGAGGAAGCUGCGCGAGCAAAAGAAUGGAACUGGCUUGAAGACUGACUAAAACCACCAAUUUGACCCAGACUCAGUGUUUAAAUGUGUGUGCCUUUUGGGGGGUCUCAUUGGAGAACUACUGUGGGACAUGCGAGUGUGUGUUCCUGAAGAAGCCAAAGAAAAAUGAAACUUGAUUUGAAAUAAGAUGUUACGGCCUAAAAAAAAAAAGAAAAAAAAGAUUAAUAUGAAAAUGGUUUGUUAAACCCUGCUGUUGUAAGCAGUGGAAAUGGUGGUGGGCUCCUUUCUUUUUUUAAUAUUAUAUGUGUAAAAUUAUUUAUUUUAUAUUUGUGUAAGACUAUCCUAACUACCCACACAUACAUCCUGAUGGUUCAAGACAAGCGCUCAACCAAGUCCUUUAUAAGCCGAUGAAGCUGCCUGUUUAUGAGGUGAAGUGUAGUGACACUGUAUUUAUUAUACGACGAUGCCAUGUGGUGGGAUGCUGUUACGUUACAAACACUUUGUUUUUGUGUGUUUUGGAUUGAUGAGCAACACAAAAGUGCCUUUCUAUGGUCAUUGAUGCUGCAGUUACAUGGGAACACAUUUUGCCUUUCUUACACGUGUCCCAUAUUUUGUGUUUCCACAGUAAUGGACAUGAAAAUUUCACGAUAAACCUUUCACACUGAACACUUGACAUAUUUUCAGAUGUCAUGAUUCCGAGUAUGGAGUGCCUCUCGGGCAGAAGCAAUCUUUUUAAAAUGCUUUAGCCUCCAUUUGAUAUGUAAUAUGCACUGUUUACCUCUGAUUGUAGCUUCUUUGUUUUUUUUUUUUUUUGUUUUGCUACGGAUUGUUAAUAAAAGUAUACAUUUGACAAAUGAGAAAACAUUUUCAUUUUUUCCCCCACUU